GACGCCGAAGUAUAAGAAGAUUAAACCUCAAAUCAAAGGUGAUCCUUUCAAAUCAGAAGACGCAGAGCAGCCUGGAUACGAGUACCCCAUGGUUCUUGUUCAGAUUCCUAUGUGCAACGAGAGGGAGGUCUACGAGCAAUCUAUCUCUACUGUCUGCCACUUAGACUGGCCUAAGGACCGGUUGUUGAUUCAAGUUCUGGAUGAUUCAGACGAUGAGAGCAUCCAGUGUUUGAUCAGAGCCGAGGUUUCAAAAUGGAGCCAGCGGGGUGUGAACAUUGUCUACCGCCACCGCCUAGUGAGGACUGGCUAUAAGGCUGGUAAUCUCAAGUCGGCAGCCUAUUUUCAGUUUUGUUUAGCACCUGUGCGAUCUGCCUGUAUUGACUGCUGAUUUUGUGUGUUUCAUUGCAUUAAUUUAUUAUGUUAGUAUUCACAUCAUUUUCAACUGUUUGUUUCUACGUGUAAUAUUUGUUCCUUCUUGCAGGAAGAUCUUUGGAUAGCUGCAUUCCCUGUUGGCACAGAGGUUUGUACGAAAUGCCUUUUCCAUUGCCUUUAAUCAGAGUAUCUCCUUGGUUAACUUUUAUGUUAUUCUUCUUAAAAAUCCUGUUAGUGAUUUGUUGAUUUGAUUCAAGGAGAAUUGGUUUGAAUCUUGUAAUAUACAUUGUAUUUUUGAUUUGCCAGUGGCAUCAUUUGGAUUCUCUUUACAAGAUCAAUUGGGAUUUUUCAAAU